CGCGUCGCGAUCUUGAACGGACGACAGCGAUGGCGUGCACCUUUGGCCCGUCGCACUGCUUCCAUGAGACGUCGAUGCUCAUGGUCUGUGCCUAUGUCUACCUCGGCGCGGCCUUCUUCGCCGGCUACAUCCAUCUGCGCCGGGCGUACCUCCGCGAGCAUGGCCACAACACGAUCUUGGUGCCCGUGCGCCGCGUCCGGUUCUUCCCGCUACUGCUCCUGGUCGCGUUUGGGGCGCGCGCUGCGUGGUUCAUCUUGCUGGACGUACAUGCGAUGCAAGUCGCAGAGAGCAGCAGCGGCGACAAUGGGCGCUAUCGCAACGUGGUCGUCUAUGUACCGCUCCUCGACAUGACGGUCGACGUCUACCCGCUCGGCGUCUUGAGCUGGAACAAGCUCGCGACGCUCUUGUACGUCUCUGCCUUUACGCUCCUCGUGCAAUUUUGGGCCGAUAUGCUGCACCACACCAACAGCACGCAUGACAAGUCGUCGCGCACACCAGUGCAGCGCGCCCGCCCGUCGCGUCAGCGCAACGUGCUCGUGAUUGCCAACGUGUGGAUGUACGCAGUGGAGAUCGCGCUCUUGCUCGUCAAGACGUUCUACCCGGAUCAGAGCGAGUCGACAUGGUACAUGAACUCGGACGGGUGGUGCACCGCCUUCUUCUUCUGCGGCCUCGCCGGCGCGCUCGGCUAUGACGCCUUCCGACUGCGCCAGUUCUUUGAUGCGCAAGAGCAUUCCCGCGUCGCGACCUACGUCGCCGAGCGCGUGACGGUGCUAGGCCUUCUCUGCGCUGGCCUCUUCUUCCUCCGCGCCAUUUUAUUCCUAUCGACGCCCGUCGCGUCCUUCCAGGCAACGGCAACGCCGUGGCUCUUCUACGCGAUACCCGAGUUGCUUCCAGGAGGCCUCGUUCUCGCCCUCAUGCGCGUCAAACACGACAGUAGUAGCAGCAGCUAUGGAAAAGACCUCUCGCCAACCGAGCGCACGCCGCUGGUCUCGCCCGAGAACAUGCUCUCGGUCUAA